AUGUUAUCUGUUUACUCUUCCUAUUUAGACGAUAGCAAUUCGCCCCUACGCAUUGAAGAGUUCAGUUUCUCGCCUGAUCCCAUCAGUGCAGAUGACUACGUUUACAUGUCUUUUAAAGCAGAGGUCACCAGAAAUGUCACGCUGCCUUUGACCCUUAGCGUGUCGGUGAAAAAGAUCACAUUCUUCGGCUGGGAAAUGCCCAUUUCGUGCCUCGCGACAGGUGGACUUCCUUUCGGAAGCUGCACGUACGACGUAUGUUCGGCGAUGGAUCACCUAGAAUCUUCGUACGGUUGCCCGAGUGAGUUUACCGCCGCAGGGUUGCCGUGCCGCUGCCCGUUCACUCCCGGGUACUACAACACCAACACCGGUCCAGUGCGAUUCUAUCUCAACACUGAGGGUUUGCCCUACGGAAGGUUCAUGUCAUCUUUCCUUGCUGUAAGUAAAACUAACUGAUUGUGCGUUCUGCCGUUCUUGACUUCUUCAGCAAAAAAAAAAAACACCCCAAAACUGAUUUAUUUUAUUUAACUAUACCUAUUGCAUAUUCAUGAUCGGAAGUCGAGUUCUUACUGGUCCAUUGAGCUUUGACUCAUUUCCCUCGAUUUAUAACGUGUCGUCUUUGCGUGCAAACUUUUUUCGUCAAAUUGUGGCGCCAAAAAAUGGCGACUUGAAAGUUUUGAAAGCAUUUUGUUGGGUGCCGAAAAAUCCUUUGUCCGCCGCAAAUUUGUAAUAACAGCGUUUUCAAUACCAUUUCGUGUAUUAAAGGGAAGGUACAUGUUUGGUAAUUACUCAAAACAAAUAUUAACUUAAAACUGACUUGGUAACGAGCA